ACAUUAGAGCCACCAGGUGCGAGCUGUGUUGCCUACCAUUACUUCUUCCUUUGUUCCCAAUUAUGUCUGGGAAGAUGGCUCCUCAGAUCCCCAGGGGCCUUUGGACAGCAGCUAUGAUGGCGAUGCUGGUGGUGCUGAGCACCCCGGUGGCUGAGGGCAGAGACUCUCCACAGGAUUUCGUGUUCCAGCUUAAGGGCCAGUGCUACUUCACCAACGGGACGGAGCGGGUGCGGCUCGUGACCAGACUCAUCUACAACCGGGAGGAGUUCGUGCGCUUCGACAGCGACGUGGGGGAGUUCCAGGCAGUGACCGAGCUGGGGCGGCACAUUGCCGAGGACUGGAACGGACAGAAGGACGUCCUGGAGCAGAAGCGGGCCGAGCUGGACACGGUGUGCAGACACAACUACCAGGUGGAGGCCCUCACGACCUUACAGCGCCGAGUGGAACCCAGAGUGACCAUCUCCCCAUCCAGGACAGAGGUUCUAAACCGCCACAACCUGCUGGUCUGCUCGGUGACAGAUUUCUAUCCCGGCCAGAUCAAAGUUCGGUGGUUCCGGAAUGACCAGGAGGAGACAGCCGGUAUUGUGUCCACCCCCCUUAUUAGGAACGGAGACUGGACCUUCCAGAUCCUUGUGAUGCUGGAAAUGACCCCCCAGCGAGGAGAUGUCUACACCUGCCACGUGGAGCACCCCAGCCCCCAGAGCCCCAUCACAGUGCAGUGGCGGACACACUCUGAAUCUGCCCAGAACAAGAUGCUCUGUGGAAUCGGGAGCUUCGUGCUUGGGCUGGUCUUCCUUGGGCUGAGUCUCAUCAUCCAUCACAGGAGCCAGAAGGGACCUCGUGGGUCUCCACCAGCAGGUACUAUUUCUGCUCGGAUUCACUGUGGGGUGUCGGGACAGGUGAAAGAGGGAAGAGCUGGGACUGUAUAAGAGAAGCACAUUGAAACAAAUGGACAAAGAAAGACACAGA